GCCAGCCACCACGUGUGCGCGUGGAUGGUGUGGGUGAGUGGGCGUCUGUUACGCUGGGGUAGGUUCGCUCUCCUUGAUGGCCUCGGUGAGGGCCCUGUUGAUAGAUGAAGACACACAUGAAUGAAUGAGCCCACAUAGCAUCUAUAGUGGGGCUGGUGGAUGUGCAUGUGUGUGCUUAUUCAUCUGGGUGGGUGACGACAGACACCGUUUACCUUGGGAGCUUCCAGUUGACGUUUUCCUCCGCGAAGACGAACUCCUCUGUUUGUGUCACACCGAGCUCCUUCAGCCGAUCCACCACUCGCUGCACAACGUCCUCGGGUGUGGAGGCGCCUGCCGUGAGGGUGAUGGUCUUGACCCCAUCCAGCCACUCCUCGCGGAUGUCGUCUGGACCCUGAAUCAACUUGCCCCUACACACACACACACACACAACACGUGUACCGCAUCCAGAUGACCUGCGCAUGUAUGUGCGUGUGUGCGGGGCGUCCGUCCGUCCAUACUUGACAUUCCUCAGCUCGGCGGUUUCCCUCAGCCGCUUGGAAUUGGACGACAUCUGGUCACCCACCACCAGCGCCAGGUCGCUCUGCCAUUCGACACACACCGGACACACGCCCUCUUGGAUGGAUGGAUGGAUUGGUGGAUGCCUCACCCGCCCCACCUGUUCGACGACCUCCCUCAUGGCGCCCUGCCUGUUGGUGGUGGCGAAGCAGAUGCUCCCGCUCGGAAUGCUCUCGACGUGGGGAUAACGCAGCUUCAACGCAGCUGUGUCCAAUACACACACACACACACACACGGAGGGACGGAUCACUUGAGAAGGUGUGUUGCUGUGCUGUGCUGUGCUGCGGUGUGGUGUGGUGUGGUGUGCUGUGGUGUGCUGUGCCGACCAACGAUGUCUUUGCAGUCGUCCAUUGACAGAGUGGUCUGCGUGGCGUAGAACAGCCUGAAGGCACACAAGACACACAGCAAAGACAUGACACUUGUGUGUCUGUGUGUGUGGGUGGGUAUGUGUGUGGCUGACUAGACAGACUGACUUGUCGUUUUCGGUGAAGGGGAGGUUCAUGACGUCCUGCACGCUCUCGACGAUGGUCGUCUGGUCGGGGGCCUCCCCCUUGGUGCCGAUCGUCUCAACUACACCACACCACACCACACGCACACUGAUGACAUUGACGCACACACACCCUAUAGUAUAGCGUGCGGACUCACUAACCGUGAUCGGCGUGGCCAAUAAGGAUGAUGUGAUACCCCUCCUUAGCCUUCCGCUUGGCGUAUACGUGGACCUGCACGCGCACACACGCACCAGACACACGUAACGCCUGAACGCAUGAGCGCAUAACGGCGGGGCGGGCGGGCGGAGGGUGCGCACCUUAGUGACGAGAGGGCAAGUGGCGUCGACCUCCAUGAGGUUCCGCUGCUUGGCGACGUCGCGGACCUCCGGGGGUAUGCCGUGGGCCGAGUAGAUGAUCUUCUCGCCCUCCGGCACCUCGUUCAGGUCCUCGAUGAAGAUCACACCCUUGUUCUGUGUUCCCAUACAUAACAUACACACAGACAGACAGACAGACAGAUGGCCCAGUGAGUGUGUGUGUGUGCGCGCGUUGCAUGUAGAAGGUGACCUUGAGUCGGUCACAGACGAUUCUGUUGUGCACGAUCUCGUGUUUGACGUAGAUGGGCGGGCCCCACAGCUUGAGCGCCUCCUCGACUGUGUCGAUGGCACGAACGACGCCCUGAUUGAGUGAUAAAAGGACCGACCAACGAUAUGAUGGACACACACCAACGAAUGCGUGUGAUGUGAGCGCUGGUGCAGGCAGGCAGGCAGGCACGGACCUCGCAGAAGCCUCGUGGGUUGGUGAGUACCAGCUUGAUGCCUGGAAGGAAGGACGAGGCGAGGCGAAUCAAGGGGAGGGGAGAUGCAGAUUGAUGGGUUCAUGGGAAGGUGUACAUGUCAUGUGUGUGGGUACGGUAUCUUACCUUCUCCCUGCUGCUGCUCCUGCGCCGCUGCUGGCUGCGUGUCGGUCAUCAUGGUGUUGGCCUUGGAGGUCAUCUCGCUCUUGGCCGAGCCCACCAGCUGGUUGUACCUCUCCACCUCAUCAGCCGACCCAUACGCCACCGGACUGCGGUCGUCGGUCGAGCUGAUCUGCGGAAAAUGGAGGCACACACACACACACGAGUGUUUCUUCAUGUGUGUGAUAUGAGGGGCGGGGGGCGGGUUUGAUUUGCGUGCCUUGACGUCGAGUAUUGACGCGAGUCCGUUUGACGACUUGCCACCGGCCUUCUCCACGAUAUAGGCCAGCGGGGCAACCUUGACACACACACACACACACACACAAGGGUUGAUGCCUUCACAUAUUGACGGAUGCAUGUAUGCAGUGACUGCCUAACUGACCUCGUAGAGCAGCCGCAGCUUGGCGGGCGCUGCGUCGCUCGAUGGGUUCACGAAGACGCCCUGAAUGACGUACAUGACGUCCAUGUGUGUGUGUGUGUGUGUGGCCAUGCGUGUGUGUGGAUGGCUGCGUACCUUUCCUUUGACGAGCAGCUGGAAGACAUCAGGCACCAUGCCGCCAGUGUACCUGCAGCCAUAUGGAUGGAUGUGUCACGAAACACAGGUGUGCGAAUGGAUCCGCGUACGUGUGGACGUGUGUGUGCGUCUCAGCCGGCCUAGCCUACCUUAGUUGGUAUUUGUUCUUGACCCAGAAGUCCACCAGCUCGUUGUAGCCCUUGUUGUCCUGCGUUGCACGGAGAUUGCCUGCACACACACACACACAUUCACACACAGAGAGAGAGAGAGAGAGAGUGAAGCACGCACGCUCUCGUGUCCACAGACGUACCCGGUGCGAACAGUUUGCCCUCUCCGAUUUCGGUGAAGCGGUUGGUGUGGACCCAGUCGCCGUGGCGCUGGCCCAUGUCGUCGACCAGCGUGAACUCAUGCGCACCCUCAACGCCCUCCACGGCGAUCGUCAUCGACACGCGGGGGCCGUACAUGGCCAAACCUGUCAUGUCACACACACACAUGGGAUGGUGAUACAGACAGACAGAGAUGGGUGCGGGGGUCAGCAGGAACGUACCAGCUGCGCUGAGCUCCCUGCCCGUGAUGCCCGUCAGCCUGCUGCCCGGCCACACGCCGAAGAGCGUCCCCACAGCAAAGUUCGUGUCAACUGCACACACAGUGCACGCCACGCCCUUCUGGAGGUGUGUAUACAUGUAUGUGUGUGUGUAUAUGCGCCGACCGACCGAUGGACGAUCCAUCAAGUGGGUCGAAUGCGACACUGUAUGUGCCGUCGAGAUCGUCGCCCUCGGCGAUGAGCGGCUUCUCGACGGGCUCCUCCUCGCUUGACGCAGUCGACACCACCCCUGCACACACAACACACACGAUGGGUGGGUGGGUGUUAUACUGUGUGUGUGUGUGUCAGGACAUUCCCUCCCUCUGUGUGUGAGUGUGAGUGUGUGUGAACGUACCCGAUUGAUCCAGGUUGAAGAAAAUCAGAUUGUUGGCCAAAAUGUCCACAGCCAACUGCACACACACACACACACACACACAUACACACACAGAGGUGUAAUGGAUGCGCCUCAUGAUGGACAGACCUGUUCAUCCCCAAAGUUGUUGAAGCACGACGUAGAAUCACACGAGGCCGUCCGCACCUGACAAUCACACACACACCCCCACGAGCGUCCAAUCCAAUCCAAUCCAAUCAGCUUGUCUGCCUGCCUGCCCGCGUCCGUACCUUGUAUCCGAUUUCCUUACAGGCGUCGAACAUGGCCUUGAGGACCUUCUGCAGCUUGGGCUCCACCCCGCUGUCGGCCAGCCAGUCGUACAGCGUCUCACCCAACUUCAUGCUCAGAGAGGCCGGGUGGGCGGGUGGCACAGACACAUCACCUGAACACACACACGCACACACACAUCCGCACAGAAACAGAAUCACAUCCUGAUCUCAGAUCUGCCGAAGUGGAGUCCCUGGUUGUUGGCGCGAGUGGCUGACCUUCGUCGCUUGUCAUGCGGACUGGACCUCGCAGGCGAAACGCCCCACGAGGCCAGCCGGCAGGGUGCAGAUGGCCUGGCGCUGCUCCUCUCCUCUCACCAAGAUGGAUAGCACCGCCGCUGGACGAGAUCCCUGCCCGCCAAUGUGCUGGUGGGCGAAAGGCGCACGACGGCACCGCCGUGAUGGCCAUCAUGCAGAGGCACAGCCAUGCAGGCGGCACCAGCUGCGCCAUCAGCUGCGGGAGCGACUUCAUUCUCCAGAUGCACGGCUGUCUCUCUCUGGUGCUCCC